AUGGCAUCCCGCCCUCGCCGCGCAGCCGCGCAAAAGGCAAACACUGCAAUUACUGACAUGGUCGACAGCGACAAUAUCAUCAGCAGCCGGACUGGGAAGAUCAUGUCGUCCAGGGCGCAAGCACGCCGAUCUGAGGUCAAGCUUCCGGCCAGCAAGCUUCGCCAGGCCACGUCAAGUCGCACAGGCCAUUCCAGCCGCCAAGCCUCACUCGGCACCAGGGAGAGUUUUGAAGGCGGCGAGAUCCUCCAGGGCAAAAGGAAUCGUAGCCAGAAGAAGAGUUAUGUCGUAGAUUCAAGCGACGAUGACGAUGAUAAUGAUGAGGAUGCUGAAGGCGAUGACGACGAGGAUGCGGAAGGCGAAGAUGACGACUUGAUGGAUCUGGGCGAUGAGGAUGCCGAGGGUGAGAUCGUUGUUGACGAUUCUAUGGACUUGGACCUCGAUGCUGAGGGCGAAGAUGAUGAUGGCUUGGGCGAUGAAGAUGCGGAUGGCGAUGAGGACGACAUGGUCCUCGACACAGCACCCACUGCUCCGACCAUCAAGGUAUCAAAGCCCAAGUCUGCCGCCACCUCAAAGGCAAAGGCUCCUCUCAAGUCAGCAAUGAAGCAGGUUGCCGAAGAUAAGGACAGCGACGACGAGCUGAGCGAGUUGGACAGCGAUGAGGAUGAAAUACAGGACACUGUGAAAGUUGGCGGAGGCGAUGAUGACGACGAGGAGGACGAGGAGGAAGACGCAGAAGGUGAAGAUGAUGACGAGAUUGAGGCUGCGGACGCUACUGGUCAGAACGACGACGAGCUGGACAGUGACGAAGACGGUAGUCGUGCCGGAACUCCCGAUCUCACGAAAAUGACCAAACGCCAACGUGCGAGGUUCGAGGACGAAGAUGUUGGCUUGAUGAAGCUGUCAGAUGAGGUCCAAGCUAAGAAACACUUCACCGCUGAAGAACUGUCAAUGAGGCGUGCCGAAAUGGCUCGACGAAGAAGAAACUUGAGUGAGAAGCGCAACGAGGAAGUCAAGCGUGAAACUAUCGACAAGCUCCUCAAGAAGCAAGCACCAAAAACCAAAGGCAAAGGCCAGCUGGGUGGGGAUGAGACCCCAGGAGGCGGUGCACAAAAGCCAAACCCGAUCUUCGUCAGAUGGGUGAGCAACAAGGACGGCGCUCGCGUGGCGGUUCCUGAUGAGAUGCUAGCUGGUCCCACAGGCAAGGUCUUCAUCCCGGGUGGGCUUAAGAGCGGGAAGAUGGUUGAAGAAGUGUCCUGA